AUGAAGCCAACGACGACAAUCUUCGCCGUCCUCUCCAGCGUCUCCCUUGCAGUUGCAGGAGAACUUGGAGGACCCAAGGACGAAGAAACGCUCUCAAGGGGGCCACUUCCAAUUCACCAGCUCCCCGAAUGCUGGCAGGGUUGUCUCCAAAGCGAGAAUCACCUGUACCCCCCCAACAUCAACAAAGUCAGCGUCUACGACUUUUGCAUGGACAAGAUGUUCCACAUGCGCUUCUGGUCCCACCAUGCCCUCGCUUCAUGCACGCUUCAAGUUCAGAAGAAGCCAGUCAAACUACUCAUGAUAUACCAUGGAGAUGAGCAGUUAUGGAGGGAGAGUUCUCCCUAA